AUGCGAGCUGCAACAGAGUCGACGGAGUCGACGCCUUUGCCAUCGCUGCAGUUUCCCUUAAGGGAUGCUCUGCAAGCCCUUCAGGAGUCUGCCAAUGGUCCUCCAUCCGUGAGGACUGCACUGAUGCACUCUGCUUCAGCAGGCGCGCGUGGGCCGUAUAAAGUCGGCAACACGGCCAAGACCCGAGCUUUGCGGAAAAUUGGCCGCAUCAAGCGACGCGGUGAACAUCUUGGAGGUGGCUAUGCAGAGCAGCGCCCAAUGAGCACCCCGCGAGCUCCGCCAGAGUGCGAUCGGCCCAGGUCUGUUCCGAAGUCUGUCCCGUCGGCGGUGAGCAGGAGCAAGGUGGAGAUGAUCCAGUAUGCUCAGGAUGUCGCCAUCCAGUCAUGGCCACAGGUUCAGAAGUCACAAUCCACGCCUGACUUGGGCCAUGCCUCCCAGAUGGCCUCGACAAGCAGCAGCUUUGCGAGCGAAAUUCGUCCUACAUGGACGUCCGCAGCUCGCGCUGUUCUGGGCCAUGGGCGGCGCCAGGCAACACAGCGGUCUAAGCAUGCGCAGAGCCUGGAAGAUCUGGAAAGGGCGGAUUUGUCUGAACUCCCCCCUGCAGGUCUAUCACGAGAUUCGUCCUGGUGUGGUGCAACCUUGGCGAUGUAUCCAGGCUUGCCACGGCCUGUGAAAGACUGGGCGAGUUCAGGCUUAGAAUUUACAGAUGGUGGCCUCGGCAUUGGCUCACGCAGCUUGGUUGCAGCAGGAAACGCGUACAGUACCGACAGAUACAUGCACCGCAGCUUUCACCGCACUUCUGGCCCGUCUGUGUGA